AUGUCGAUGUUCGGACCUCGAUUCUACUCUUCCGCCGAGCCCAACUUCACCGGCCUCUUCCGACUAAUUGACGACUUUGAUCGCUACGCCGGACAGAACGAGGGCGGCGCAGCUGCUCAACAAGCCGGUCGUCACCAUGGUCGUCACCUACCGACCUUCACUCCCAAGUUCGACUUGAAGGAGACCGAGCACAACUACGAACUCCACGGAGAACUGCCAGGCAUUGAGAAAGACCAAGUCCACAUUGAGUUCACCGACCAGCAGACCAUUGUCCUCCGCGGCCGUGUUGAACGCACUUACACCUCUGGCACUCCCCCGGCUGGUCUCCUUGAGAAGGGCCAGGAUGAGUCGAAGGGCGCUAUCGCCGACGCCCCUAAGGAGCACCACGAGAAGGCGCCAAAGCCUACCGUCGAGGAUGCUCCUGAGGAGGGUAACGCUAACACCACCGUCGCCGAGACCAACAAGAACAAGGCGGCGGCCGAGCAGCCCAAGCAACCCCAGCACAAAUUCUGGGUCUCGGAGCGUAGCGUCGGCGAGUUCUCGCGAACCUUCCAGUUCCCGACCCGCGUCGACACCGACAACGUCAGCGCCUCGCUUAACAACGGCAUCCUGAGCGUCGUGGUCCCCAAGGCCAAGAAGCCCGAGGGCCGCCGCGUCUUCAUCAACUAA